AUGUGUCACCAAGGAGAGAUUGAAACAGUUCUCUUUGUGGCAGAGUUGGAGAGCAUGAAUCGUUAUUCAGUUAAGCAAGUUUAUGAAAAGCUAGCUGGGGUGAAACCUAGAGUGCACUGGGAUAGAAUGGUAUGGAACAGAUUGAUCACUCCCAAGCACAGGUUUAUAUGCUGGUUAGCUGUACAAUGCAGACUUCAGACUACAACUAAAUUGGCAAGGAUUGGCAUUAGUCAAUCUUCUCUCUAUAUGAUUUGUGGUUUAGAGAAUGAAGACCAUCAGCACUUAUUCUUCCAGUGUCACUGUAGCUGUCAGAUAAUUCAGGCAGUGCAGAAUUGGUUAGGUCUCUUAAUGAAUGGCAAUUUGAACCAGUUAGUAAGGAAAACUGGGCAAUGUAGAGCUUCUAAGUUCAGGAAGCAAGUGAUUCUUGCAGCUAUUGGUACUGCUGUGUACUUGAUUUGGUAG